AGAAGGCUAUGGUCAUUGUUCAUUGUUGAGAAGACGCCAUUCAUGCACUGUUGCACUCCUUCCGUCUGAUGCCUUGAAUUCACAGCGUGAUUAACAUAAGAUUAUCUUGAACUGUGUGCAUCCCAUAACUUAUUUACUUUGCACAAAAGGGUUCUCUGAGGUAUUAAAAGAUCAGAAGUCAAUAAGCCAAUAAACAAUCAGAGGUUUGAAAUGGCUUUAUUCAUUUCUCCAGCGAGAAAACGUUUUGAUGAAAACCAGCCCCUGUACUAUCCACUAGGUAGGGCUCUAACAAGAAAUGCCCUAAAAGACUUUAAAGGCUCAAAAAGAAAAGAAACAAAGAUUCUCUUUCUUGGUUGCCAUGAUUUGCAUAAUGUGCUUCUAACAAUAGCAAGCAAGACCACUAAUAAUGGUACUUUGAACAUUCACCUUAAUCACUCUUGUCCAUAUUCCUUGGCAAGAAAUGCUCUCAUUUUGAAAGUGAUAUCAUCCCCCAGCAAUUUUAAUGUGAACUGUUCUGAAGAUCUGAAAUACUUGUGGGAUCUGUGGUACAAUUUAGAGUGGCCCCAAACAACUCUUGAUAGAUUUGAAAAAGAUGUCAAUGAACUCAUCAAGACAGGAUUGCCUGAACAUAAUUUAGAAUUUGAUAGCAAUCAACUUAAGGAUUUAAAAGAUAUGUGGCGGAAUUGGCUGUCAUCUCUAACAAAACUGACCAAAUCACCAGAAAUUGAAAAAGUCCUGAAAAGCAGACAAGAAUUUAUUAAUGGUGGUGGAAGAAUCGGCAAAGAGAUGCUUGAAUACCAAGCCAAAAUGAACAAGUUACCUGAAUCUCCUAUGUUACGGCAAUUAACCUCGAAACUUGCAGUGGCAAUGAAAAUCUCAGAUUUCCCAGAAGUACUGAAGAGCAAGCUAAUUAAGGAAGUCGAACGUUAUUAUCGAACAGGAAGUUGCAAUUCAAGAAUUACAGCACUCAAAAGUGUCGCUGUUAAUCCCACUCUUCUCGAACUAGAAAAUGCCUUGUCUUUGGCUAAAACACCUCGUUGGCGGGUAAACAUUUACUCAAGUCCGUUUAUGGGUUUCCUACCGCUACCUUUGGACAAGUUGGAAAAAAACGAGGAGAACAUUGCCACAUUAUAUUGCCAGAAGAUGCUCAAGAAUUUAGUAUCUUCCUAUCGACACCUGAAAAAUUGUGUUAAUUUCCAUAUACAUUGGAGUGACAACCUACAAUUCUGUCUCAGUGGUACUUCUGAAAUGUUUGACGUCAUCGAUUGUUCUACCCUUGCGGAUGAAGUCGGACUGGCCAACUUAAUUGUAUCAAGCAGCCCAAGACUUGACUAUCGGUCACCCGAUGCUUUGAUGAUUACCGAAAGCACUGAUGGAUGGUUCAGUAUAGCAUCUUCAAUUGCUGGUUACAUCGAAGAAGCUCUUUGCGCUCCACUUAGCAUGAUACCCACCCUGUAUGGAGUUCGACCUGCUAACGAUGCAACAUUGGGAUCGAAUGUAAUAACCACACGAGGAAAUGAAGACGGAUUUCCAGAAAUAACAUUAACUUGGCGUCGAGCUCCUCGGUUCGAGAAUGUAACACUUGGAUUAUCCCCUUCGCUUGAACUUUAUCUGAAGAAUUUUGAGAAAAAGUGUUACUUUGAGAAGGACGAAACAACGUUGGAUGAAUUGAAGUCAAAGUUCUUCAGGUGUUACACUCCUCUAACCUACUGUUAUAUGGUCAGGAAUUUAGUGUCGCAUUUAGAAAAUCGAGAAGAUUUCCAGAAUCUUCUAUUGAAGGCCAACUUCGCAGAUAAAGGCUCUCAAUUUACGCUUACAAGAAGAACAAUCGAAGCACGGGCGAACCAACAUCCAUUAACAUUAGUCAUUGCCAAUCAACCGUUAACACCUGAGAUUGAAAAUCUUUUCCAGGACAAUUUUAGAGCUCCGAUGUUGCGUGUCAUGGUGAUCCCUUUCGAUCGUUGGAUCGCAAAAAAAAAAUCUGGUUCCAUAGAAAAAAAUUCAGAUGUAUACUUCAUCGAUAAUUUCCAUUUCAAGAUCCAUGGAAAAACGGCCGAUCGCGUCUUUCCUACAUUACAACUGAUAUUUGUUCUCCCUGAAGAGCAUGGACUGAAACCCAAUCAUUGCGCAGUGAUUAUGGAAAUGUAUUCGAGCACGGUUAUGCUGUUUCUUGGCAUGAUUGACGAUAUGGAACAAGAAACCUUAGAAGUGCCAAGCUCAACAAAGAAACAACUGUCAUCUUGCUCGGAAAUGGCUCCCAAAAACUCUUUUAUGCAAGCAGGGAACUGUCGAGAAUCACCGAAAGAUUUCUUCUUCAACAUUAGCGUGCACACAGAAGGUGUUCCGAAAGGCUUGUAUGUUUCAUCUGAUGAGCUACGUCCCUGCGAGGCCGGACACAGGGUCACCUUUUCCCUUGCAGAACCCGAAGGAGUGCAGCCUCUUACAUUAUGUUUUCCUCACCCUAUUUUGGUCGACUCUAUAGAUGCCACACUCCGUCGUACUGAUCGCUCCAUCAGAGUGGUUUUGAAGAAAGCUAUACAUGAGCCAUGGCCUUACGAUUUCAAUCUCAAACCAAAGUGGGACGUUGACCAAUUGAAGUUGUGGAAAGAGUCGGAUCCCAAAAAAAAGGAUGAUCUUUACUUCCAUGUCGCCAAUCAAAAAGGAUUUGAUCGACUCAAAAACUAUUUGGGAUUAAACAUUUUUGGGAAUUCUGUGCAUCUUCCAGAAGUCAGACUGCUUUCUCCCAUUGAAAAUGCCCGCAAUCUCAUUGGCACUAUACUUAUGCAAGUUCAGCCUGAUCGUUGCGAAUUUUUUGAAAUUCACAAAGUUCCUGCCCCCGGUCAGCUUCAAUCUGUCUCUUCAACAAAUGAUGUUCCAUUUUUUUAUAUACGAGCUCAUCUCCCAAUCAUAACUUCUCCUUUCAGCAGUCCAAUGAUAUUGCUUUCUGUUUUGGAUACCCGUUUGUCCGAAAAAUUCAUCAAAAACGGACUCUUGAAUGCGAAAAGUGCUAAAGAAGAUUUUGAGCGUAUAUUUCGGCCAAGAGACAAAAGUAGCAAGACUCCCAUGAUACUUUGGACUAAUGUUGAUGAUUCGACCGAUCUGUUGCGCUAUGUGUUUCGCUUAAAUUCCACUAAAAUGAAGCCGAGCGCAUGGCAAGAAGAGAAUCUCCCAUUGGGAAAGUACAGUCCUUACUUGGCAACUUUCGUCUCUCCCUUGUACCUUGAUCACUUCCCAGUCGAAAACUCGGAUUCGAAGAAAGAUUCUAAAAAGUUCACGUGUAAUUUUUAUGGAUGCGGAAAGAAAUCGAAUGCUACAAUGAAGCGUUGCUCUAGAUGCAAAACCAUGACUUAUUGCACCGAAAAGUGUCAGAAAGCUGACUGGAGUCAGCACAAACUGAUGUGUUCAGUAAUGGAACCUAAAAAUUUGGUUGUUAGGGUGCAAGUUGCGGAGUAAUUUUCUGUUCUUUUUGCAUUUUCUGUUGUCAGAAGUCAAUGACAUGAUCCAAAAUUUUUGACAUGCUGUUUAAAUUCAGAUUUUUUUUUUAUUAACUCUUACUUUUUUUCCACAUUUGGUCAUUUGCCUUGUUUAGUUUAAAAGUUAAAAGGAUGAUGCUUUUCAUUUAAUGUGUUUUGAAUUGGCCGCCCACAAGUUCUUAAUUUCAUCUUGGAAACUUACAGGGGAACUGCCUUCAAGACUCAAGAGUUCAAUGUGGUUCAAUCUAGAAAUAAAAUGUCAAACUAUUCUU